GUUAGUGUUCAUCACAGUGAGGUCGUGUGCACGUGCCCGACGGUAGAGACAGUCCAACCUGCAGACACAGCGGGACGACCAGUGACUUCACCCGCCGGUAACUGACUUCAGCCGGUCAGCGGGACUCCACUGACUCCGGCUGCAUUGCUUGACAUCCCGGUUCUCGGACAGCAACAAAUACAAACAACAACAACAACAAGAACAAGAACAUCAACCACCGUCGGACACCAUGCCGUCUCUGCGUCACUCCUACACGGUGACGGUGCUGGAGGAGCCGACCGCUUUCCCCUUGGACAAACACGACCUGCGGCGCAAGAAUCCUUCGCUGUCCCGGUCCAUGCUGGUGUCCACAUUCAUGGGUCUGAUCAUCAACCAGGCCAAGAACAAGAGUCCUCAAGGCCUGGUGGGACUGAGGAACCUGGGCAACACGUGUUUCAUGAACUCCAUCCUACAAUGCCUGAGCAACACUCCAGAGCUGAGAGAUUACUGCCUGAGAAACAUCCACCGCACAGACCUCAACAACAACUGCCGGAACAGCGCCGCUCUCAUGGAAGAGUUUGCGAAGCUGACUCAAAGCCUGUGGACCUCCGUGAACAAUGAGGCCAUCAGUCCGUCUGACUUCAGGAACCAGAUCCAGAGAUACGCUCCCAAAUUCGUGGGCUGCAAUCAGCAGGACGCCCAGGAGUUUCUGCGCUCCUUAUUGGAUGGUCUCCAUACUGAAGUGAACAGAGUGACAGUCCGCCCUAAGGUGUCAGUCGAGGACUUUGACCACCUCUCGGAUGAGGAAAAAGGCAAACGCAUGUGGAAUAUGUACUUGGAGAGAGAGGACAGCAAAGUUGUUGAUCUGUUCGUCGGUCAGCUGAAAAGCUCUCUGACCUGCGCCGCCUGCGGCUUCCGCUCCACCGUGUUUGAUCCAUUCUGGGACCUAUCAAUACCUAUUGCACAGAAGAGCUCAGGCGAAGUGACUCUCAAAGACUGUUUGAAACUCUUUACAAAAGACGACGUGCUGGAUGGGGACGAGAGGCCGACAUGCAACAGAUGCAAAGCCAGAAGGAAAUGCACCAAAAGAUUCAGCAUCCAGAAGUUCCCUCAGAUCCUCGUGCUUCACCUGAAGCGUUUCUCAGACUCUAACAACCGAUCCAGCAAACUUUCCACUUAUGUCAACUUCCCUCUCAAAGAGCUGGACCUGCGGGAGUUUGCCUCAGAGAGCAGCGAGCGUGUUGUGUAUAACCUGUACGCAGUGUCCAACCACACUGGAAAUGCUUUGGGAGGCCAUUACACAGCCUACUGCAGAAACCCAGCACUGGGAGAGUGGUACAGCUACAACGACUCCAGGGUGAGCCCAAUGUCCUCCAGCCAGGUUCGCAGCAGCAACGCCUACGUCCUCUUCUACGAGCUGGCUGCCUCCCCACACAGCAAAUAUCAGACGUGUCGGCUUUAGACACUGGAGGAGAGAGGAGCUGUACUAAAAGCUGGGCCUGAGAAAAAAAAAAAAAAAAAAAAAAAAAAAAGUGAGACACUGCCCGUUAGGAGAGAGCUCCACCUAGUGGAGACUGUGCCGCCAUUACAGACUGUGAACAUGGAGCACAGAGACAUGUUGCUGAGGGGGGAAAAAAAAACAAAACACCCUUUAACCUUCAUCUCAUGCGUUUUUUGAGAGACAAAAGGUGGAUGUGAAGCCGAGGUCUUUUUUUCAGAUGGAAGUGAACUAACACUGGGGGAAAAUACAACUUCAAAUUCAGCUCCAGACGUAGCUGUCAGUCAAACCUAAUAUGUCUGUGUGGAGCACAACACAUCCAGCAUGGUGCACACGUAGCAGUGGACUCAGAAAAUUAUGUUUUCUGGUUUAUUUUCAUUCCCAAAAAGAAGACGUUUUACAGCUGAUCCUGAACCUUGUCCAUGAAGUGGAUCUUUUUUUUUCUUUCUUUUUUUUUACACUAUAAAACCGGACAAUAAACCUAAAGGACAUUGAAAUUGUGUGUGGACAUUGCAGAGACUUGAGAAAUGUCCCACACACUGACUGCAACAUAUAAGUUAUUCUAUUUAAUAUGGCGCCAGUAAAUUAAAGUGCAAACUGUAUAUGUCAUUUAACAAAGGCUGAUGGUUUUCCUCUUAGAACAGUGAAAAUACACGAAUGAAGAGGGGAUGUUUUAUGUCAAAGCACAUUUUAUUUUUGUACAGUAUUUAUGGGCAGCGCAGUGAAUGUAUCUGUACUGUGGAAAAACCCGGAUGCACCAAAGCAGCUGUGUAAAUAUGCAUCAGUAAAACUUCUUCCAGGAAUAAAGUUGCUGAAUUUGAAUUGAAGCCUGUUCAAGUCUUCAAAUUAUUAAAAUUCAUCGUCAACUUAUGCUGCAUUAUGUGUUUAUUCUUAUUUUACCCUCAGUUAUUCAGUGAAAUGGAAGCUGGGGAAGAGU